AAAUUCAUGAUAUCAGCACUUAGUAUCAACUGCACGUGAGACUGAACACAGGACUAUGAAAUUAGGAACGGAGACAUUUGGUUGGAGUUAAAUGAAGCUGAAAACUACGAACUUUGAGGUUUCCUCAAGUCAUCUUCGCCAAGCAAAGUCUCCCGUCCUCUGUCCAAUCAAGGGAAACCUGCUAUUCCUCUUUAAGAAAAACAUCUUUAGGACGGCCUCCAGGGGUGACUUCCGGUCUCUGUCAUUUUGGUUCCGGUUCACGCCCGAGCCUGUGAAGACGGGAGUUCCGACAGAGGCUGUUUCGCUGCCGGUUCUAGCCCGUGACGGGAGCUCCGACAGAGGCUGUUUCUCUGUGGGUUCUUCCACACGGAGUGGAGGACUUUUUCGAACUUGAGACCUGCCUUUGUGCCUUGUGGGAACCUUGAUGUCCUUCUGCAACUUCACGUAAGGGAGACUUGCGGUUUCUUACUGGACUGCAGAGGUCACGUGCCUAGUGUUUUCCGGCCUCUCUCCAGGUGGCAUCUCGCAAGUCCUUGUUAACUGCGGCGUGAUAAUGGCAGAGGCAGGAACUCAGAAUGACGCCAACCAGCACUUUGUGACUUUUGAAGAUGUGUGCGUAUACUUCUCCCCAGAGGAAUGGGAGCUACUUGAUGUUGCUCAGAAACGCCUGUACUAUGCUGUGAUGCGGGAGAACUUUGAACUGGUGGCCUCACAGGGACUUGCAUUUUCCAGAUACCACCUAAUUCCCAGGGCUGAGCCACCAAGAGUCUCCCAAGCUCCUGGCAUGGUAGACAUAGCUCCAACAGUGGCAGAGAUAAUCCAGGAGAGCCCUGGCACUGGUGGUUGUCAUAAAGUGGAGGAUAAAGAUGCAUCUUCUGAGCAAGGUGUUUCUGUGAGAGUGUCACAGGUGAGAACUCUCAAGGCAGGUUCUUCCUUCCAAAAGAGCCACCCAUGUGACCCACUCUCGAAGAACAUCUUCCAUCUGACCGGGCAGCAGGGAACAUGCCCUGAGCAGCAACCAUACCCACGUAAGUCAUGUGGGAGAACCUUCUGGGUCAGUGAAAACCUUGUCCAGAGCCGGAGGCAGCAGAACGGAGAGACAUUAUAUCGAACGGAAAAGGGCCAGACCUCCUCCGUGAAGAGCGGCCAAAGCCACAUGUCAAAGAAGGCCUGCACUCGCCAGGAGGAUCCGGAGGACUUGGCCAGCUCUGGACUUGUCCCACACCGCGCCGCUCACAAUGGUAAGAAGCCACACAGGAGCACUGAGUGUGAUGAGGCCUUUCACACUGCACAAGGGGAUUACAAGUGCAGUCAGUGUGGGGAAGCUUUCAGCGACAAGGACAAAUGUGUUCAGCACCAGAAAGUACACACAGAAGAAAAAUCUUGUAAGUGCAGUGAAUGUGGGGAAUUAUUUAGCCACAGCUCCGACUUUUUGUUACAUGAGAAAACCCACAGCAAACCAACACCUUCUGAGUCCAAUAACCACGGGGAAUGUUUUAGCUUUGACUCCAGCCCCAGAAUACAGCAGGCCUCUCACAUGGGAUUAAGGCCUAAUGAGUGUGCUGAAUAUGGGAGAUCUUUUAGCACAAAAUACAACCUUGUUCAGCACCAGACAAAUCAUACCGGAGCCAAACCUUAUGAGUGCAGUGAAUGUGGGAAAGCUUUUGGCCGCAGGAGUACACUGACUCAGCACCAGGAAAUUCACAGUGGAGAAAGGCCUUUCGUGUGCAGCACCUGUGGGAGGGCCUUUCUCCGUAAUAGUGCUCUUACUCAGCACAAGAAAACCCACACUGGAGAAAAGCCUUAUCAGUGUGAUGAAUGCGGGAAAACCUUUAGCCACAGUUCGUCCAUGAAAGAACACAAGAGAACUCACAGUGGAAUAAGGCCUUAUGAGUGUAGUGAAUGCGGGAAAACCUUUAUCUUCAGUUCCUCCAUGAAAGUGCAUAAGAGAACUCACAGUGGAGUAAGGCCUUAUGAGUGUAGUGAAUGCGGGAAAACCUUUAGCCACAGUUCCUCCAUGAAAAUACAUAAGAGAAUUCACAGUGGAGUAAGGCCUUAUGAGUGUAGUGAAUGCGGGAAAACCUUUAACCGCAGUUGCUCCAUGAAAGUGCACAAGAGAAUUCACAGUGGAAUAAGGCCUUAUGAGUGUAAUGAAUGUGGGAACACCUACAUCACUAAGAGCAACCUUACUAAACACAAGAAAGUUCACAACACAGCAAUGCCUAUGGGUAAUGUGAAUGAGGGAAACUCUUUGGUGGCAACUCCAGCUUCAGUGGACACCAGAGACAUAACACCGGAGCAAGACCGUACGUGUUUAGGAAAUGUGGGAGAGCGUACAGAAGAUGCUCCCAUCUUCCUUGACCUGUGA